AAAUUUGGUAAAGGAAAUUCAGUAGAAGUAAACAAUGAAAAGAGUAAAAUCAGUGAUAGUGUAAAAGGAAAGUUGGUGAAAAUUAAUGAAGAGCUCGCAAAAGCAUCAAUUAGAACAAGUUUGUGUAUGAAUCUGAUAAGCAUAAAUUAUGCAAAAGUAAAAGAGCUUACCUGGAAACAUAUAAAUAAGAAAAUUGAUAAUAAAGUUGUUGGAUAUGUUUCUGAAUUUGAGGUUGAUGUUGAUGGUGUAGUUUUGGAUAAAGAAAUGAAAAAUGUUGUAGUACGAUUUGAUCCGGUUAUG